AUGAUUCCUGUAUCGUAUCCAUCACCUCGAGUAUCACAGCUAGAUGCUUACAUCUUGGACUCCGAGCUCCUUACACUUCUAAAGCAAAACUUGGUGUCUGUUUUUCAAUUCCAUAAUAAUAGCUGGUGGGCCUACGAUCAGCAUCCUGAAUUAUGGGAUUUGAUUUUGAACAUUUGGGUAUUUAAGUUGACAGUUUGGAAGACCGGCUCUUCUUACGGGUUAUCGCUUCAAAACCUCAAGUUGGUCAACUUGCGAAACGGCAGGAAGAUCGGUUACACCAAACGUAGUUUAUUGCUUGCCCUCAUUGUGAGUGACUAUUUGUUCAGCAAGUUUCAGUCAUAUUUGUACGCUACCAGCGAACAGGCUGAUGACACCAAUGUCAACUUCAAGGGGUUUGCUGCGUUGAAGGCAUAUGUGAUUCGUCAUAAGGAUGCUAUACUAUCUAAAGUGAACAAUAGUUUAAGAAUCCUCAACUUGUUGAACUUCACACUAUUCUUGGUAAAUGGGAGGUACCCUACUUUGGUGCACCGAGUUUUAGGUAUAAGUCUCACUCCAAUUGUAACUGACUUACUCAAGUUCACCGGAGAUAAUGUUAACUUUGAGUUUCAAAACAGACAAUUGGUGUGGAAUGUGAUGACUGAGUUCUUGGUGUUCAUUCUUCCCUUGUUGCAAUUGAAAAAACUUAAGCAUAUGUCCAAGAGAUUGUUAAUGCCAUACAAAGAUAACGUUGAUGAGGCUGUUUCUCCGUAUGCUACGUUGCCCAUAUCCCAAUGUGCCAUUUGCCGAGAUAAAAAGGAUAGAGCUGUAAUGGCAGGAGAGAAGAAAAUGGCUUCUCUUCCAUGUAUGGUGACGAAUGCCUAUAUCACCAACUGCGGACACAAAUACUGUUACAUCUGUAUUGCUUCAUCGUUCAACGCAAUUGAGUCUUCUGAUGGUAACGAGAACUGUCUUCGGUGUAGCACCAAAUUGCAGUGGUUUAAAAGAUACGGAGAAGAUGAGGACGUCGAUCAGGAUGCCAUUAUGGUGGACUACGAUGAAAAGACUGAAGAAGCUGAAAAGUCGGGAGAUGAGCUGGAACAAUAUGCGUCAGACGAAGAUGAAGCCCGAAGCUUUGAUGAAUAUGAUAAUGACCAAGUAUUUGAUGAAGACGGCGGUCUUGAGGAUAUGGAAGACUUUGAUGAUCUUGACGAAGCCAUGGAACUAUAG